GGGCAGCCGGGCGGAUAUCCCCCUGGGACGCGGGGACUGUCAGCGCAGAUCGGCCGCUCAGGGACCCCGCGCUGCGGAGCCAAAUGCUGCCGUUGCCUUUCCCUGGCACGGCCGCCCCGCAGCUGGAGCUCCGGCCGGGAGUGCGCCCUUCGCCCCACGCCGGCGAUCCCCCCUCUGGGAGCCGUGUUCACAUCUGGAAACUAACGGAGUCGUUCACCGGCUGGUGAAGUCCGCUGUGUUAAUGACUUUGAGGAUUCCGGACCACUGUUACUGAAAUGAUAUUACAGAAGGCAGCAAUUGUAUUGUGUUCAUUGCAUGAAACCCAAAUAUUUAUUGUCAGUCAAGUGGGUGAAACCCCCUAACUGCAGUUUACAUGUGUAGGUCACUGCGUUACUGUGUUAGUCAUUGUCUCUAUGCAGCAAUGACAAGGCUGGAAGAAGCAAACAGAGAAGUGAAYAUGCACUCAUCGGUCAGAUACCUUGGCUAUCUUGCCCGAAUCAACCUUCUGGUUGCCAUUUGCAUGGGCCUUUAUGUCAGAUGGGAAAAAACUGCAGAUGCACUGAUUUUGGUAAUAUUUAUUCUGGGGCUCUUUGUUCUUGGAAUUGCCAGCAUACUGUACUACUAUUUUUCAAUGGAAACAGCAAGUUUGAGUCUCUCCAAUCUUUGGUUUGGUUUUUUGCUUGGCCUUCUCUGUUUUCUCAAUAAUUCUGCCUUCAAAACGGAUGUGAAAGAAGAAGCUACAAAAUACUUGCUUGUCUCUGCCAUCGUUUUAAGGAUAUUAUGUGCUUUAGUUGAGAGGAUUUGCGGUUGUGUCCAUCAUCGACCAACUCUGCUGACAACGGUGGAAUUUUUGGAGUUAGUUGGUUUUGCAAUUGCCAGCACAACUAUGCUGGUAGAAAAAUCUGUAAGUAUUAUUCUGCUGGUCUUGGCUUUGGCCAUGUUGAUUAUUGACUUACGUAUGAAGUCUUUUUUGGCAAUUCCAAAUUUGGCAAUUUUUGGAGCCAUUGCAUCCCUGCUCUUUUUUCCAUCACUGAAAAUCCCCACAAACCCUUUUGCCUUGGCAUGUUUUUUCAGCUGUCUGAUUUCAGAUCCCCUCCUUGACGUUUACUUCAGUGGACUUUCUGUUACUGAGCGAUGGAAGCCCUACCUGUACCGUGGUAAAAUUUGCAGGCGGCUUUCUGUCAUCUCAGUUGGGGUCAUUGAACUAAUCUUUUUCAUUCUUGCAGCCUUUAAACUAUGUUAUUUGGAUCUCUGGUAUUUUGUGAUACCUGGUUUUUCUAUUUUUGGAAUUUUCUGGAUGAUCUGUCAUGUGAUUUUUUUUAUAACUCUUUGGGGAUUUCACACAAAACUAAAUGACUGCCACAAAGUGUACUAUACCCACCGUGCAGAAAACAACAGCCUGGACAGAGUCAUGGCAUCUAAAGGGAUGCGCCACUUCUGUUUGAUCUCGGAGCAGCUGGUAUUUUUCAGCCUUGUCGCGACUGCUGUUUUGGGAGCCGUCUCUUGGCAGCCAACCAAUGGGAUCUUCAUGAGUGCAUUUCUCAUCGUUUUACCUUUGGAGUCCAUGGCUCAUGGGCUUUUCCAUGAAUUGGGAAACUGCUUGGGAGGAACGUGUGUUGGGUAUGCUGUUGUGAUUCCCACCAACUUYUGCAGUCCUGAUGGCCAACCUACUCUUCUUCCACCUGAGCAUGUACAAGAGUUAAAUCUGAGGUCUACUGGCAUGCUUAAUGCCAUCCAAAGAUUUUUUGCAUAUCACAUGAUUGAGACAUAUGGUUGUGACUACUCUACAAGUGGACUGACCUUUGAUACCCUUCACUCCAAGAUCAAGUCUUUUCUUGAGCUUCGGACUGCAGAUGGACCCAGACAUGAUACCUACAUUCUGUAUUACAGUGGUCACUCACAUGGCACUGGUGAAUGGGCUCUGGCAGGGGGUGAUGCUUUACGACUCGACACGCUGUUGGAAUGGUGGAGAGAAAAGAAUGGCACUUUUUGUUCUCGAUUAAUCAUUGUUUUAGACUGUGAGAACUCUCAGCCUUGGGUUAAAGAAGUAAGAAAAGUAAAUGACCAGUAUGUUGCCGUGCAAGGAGCAGAAAUGGCCAGAGUUGUGGACAUCGAGGAAGCAGACCCGCCACAGCUUGGUGACUUCACCAGGCAAUGGGUUGAGUACAACUGUAACCCCGACAGCAACAUCAGCUGGUCUGAAAAGGGCCGUACCGUGAAAGCAGUGUAUGGUGUGUCAAAGCACUGGAGUGACUACACUUUGCAUUUGCCAACAGGAAGUGAUGUUGCCAAACACUGGAUGAUGUACUUCCCACGCAUCACCUAUCCAUUAGUACAUUUGGCAAACUGGUUUUGUGGUCUCAAUCUGUUCUGGGUCUGUAAAGCAUGCUUUAGGUGCUUGAAAAGACUGAAAAUGAGUUGGUUUCUUCCCACAGUGCUGGAUACAGGACAGGGUUUCAAACUUGUCAAAUCUUAAUCAGCAACCAAAGAGAWAAUGAAGUGAGAACUCUGAACUUUCUCACUGUACAAUAAUUAAAACUUUUUAUAUGACUAUUUUUCUCUGAAAAAGUUUGCUCUACUCACUUUAUUCUAUACUUCRCUCUUUGAGCAGUUACACUAUAUGCAACAGUCAGAAAUUCCAACCUUAAACAGAAGAGGGUAUGACUGAUAUUUUAAAUUUUGUUACUAGUCUGUAUGUACAUAUGUAAGAGAAUUAUUUAAUAUGACCAUGCAUUUUGGAGAAGGUCACAUGUUCAUAUAUCUUACCUAAGGCAGCCUUUGUUUAGAGACAUGCGUUUKAUGGACAGGAGCUCCUGUCAAUGUUACACCAUGCUGAUCUGUUAUUUAGGUCCAUUAUACAGUUUAAAUACAGGAAUGGAACCAAGCUAUUACUGCAAUCAAUUUACAUGUCCUUGAAAUUAUGGGGUAGAGUCACUGAGCCAAAAAAACUCAAAAUAUAUAGCUACUCUAUGUAAGUAGCUACCAAGAAGCUUUCGUUUUAUAUGCUUUUACAUCUUCUGCCCCACCUCAGUUCUCUGCUGCCAUCAUGGGAAAUUUGCCAUGGUAAACAAGGAAGUCAAACAACCCUCUAGUGCCCUGAUACUUCUCAUACAGUGUGUUCUGAAGUGAGUUUUAAAAACAUUCAGUGUUAUUUUCAACAUUAAAUAUCUUGCUGGUGAUACAGUCCCAGUGAUUAAUUCAUAUGUGGAAUAAAAACUGCACCAAGCGUUUUUCCCUCACCUGUUAGGUAAUUCUGAAUUUUCCAGGCUCUUACUAGUUUAUAUUUUGAAAAGCUUCCUGAAGAAAACAAAACAAAAUAAAACCCAAGGGAUUUAACAARGAAAAUAAUUGCUAGAUAAAAAAUGGGAAUACAAGCAUUGCCUUGUUUCCAUGUUUAUCUGAAGUCUUUGGUGUGCCUAAGACCUUAUUCUGUGAAAUUCUGAGUACAGAAUUGGACCAAUGAGUUCAUUAUGUAUUGAAACCACAAGAAAAGUUUGUUGGAAGGAAUGGAUAUUCCCUUAGGACAGGAAGGAAUCCUCAGUAUUCCUUAAAUCUUUCUCCCACCCACAAAGUCCUGUUUUUAGUCCCUCCACUUACAGAGCUGGAUGAGACUCUAGGAAUCAAUUCUGUCAUGGCCUUUCCUUCAGUCUGAGAAGCUGCAAAGCUUUCUUACACCAUCUUCUCAUGUACAGAAAAUAAGGAGUGAAACAAGUAAGUGGCUAAGACAGUACAAUUUGUGAUAUUUUAUUUGCCUAUGUGUGUGCAGUUCAGCAGACCUACAGUUUACUUUUCUGUGUUUCCAUCAGUGUUUUUUU